ACACCCCUUCAAACCCACAACACAACAAGUUUAGUUUCAAGUUCCAACUUCUUUAGUUAAUUGUCAAAAAAUCUCAGCCAAAGUUCGAUUUGUGUGUUGGUUUUGUUUGUAUAUAUAUAGGCAUGGGCAUGGCAGCCAUGGCAAUCCCAACAACAAGGAGCAGUUUGAAGCUUCGGCCAUGGACACGGUGUUCAAAGCACAUAAGAGAGCAGAGGGCACGGCUUUACAUCGUAUGGAGAUGCAGUGUGAUGCUUCUGUGCUGGCAUGAUUAACUAUAUAUUUAAAAGGCUAAUUAAUUAUGUUAAUUAGCUCAGUUGAGUUGAAGCAUGCACAUGCACUACUGUGUUGUUGUUCUUGUUGUUGAUCAAUCUCCACUCCAAGCUUGGGAUUCAGU